CUGUCUCAUGUUUUCUCCGGCCUCUGUCUCUUUAAUAAACUCGUGGUUAUCUAGUGUAACAAAUGUCUCGCUGCCAUCAUCAAGUCCAGAGGAGGAGGAGGAGGAGGAGUUUUUAAUGUUCAGUUUGUUCUAUGGAUCGAUGUUUGCUGCUGGCAUCGCCGUGUGUGUGUGUGUGAGAGUGUGUGUGUGUGAUAUACACUAUUUUUUUCUGCCCUUUUCCUACUACGUUUCAUACGAGACCGGGAGUCUAAGCGAUUGACAGCAUUCGUCCUUUUGGCUUUGGAAACAAAAAAAGAAAAGAAGAAGAAGAAGAAGAGACGGAAAGAAAAGCAAAGCAAAACAAUCCGCCAUAGAUCUAGGACGGAGAGGUACUAUAUUAAAAAGAGACACCUGAUUUUCUGGACAGCGUUUGUGAGAUACUGGAUUGUACGGGACUGAAGUGCUUUAGAGAGUCGCUAUUGCGUGUGUAUGGACUAUAUCAGAGCGCUUAUACUGAAUUUCACCUGGGCUCCGUUUCACUGUACGUGAACUAAAGAGAGUUGAACAUGCCAAGGAGGAAACAGCAGGCACCCAAAAGGGCUGCGGCAUACGAGCCAGAUGACGAGGUCGGUGUCCAAGAGUCGAUCGAAGAGGAGGAGGGCGAAAAUGCAAUGCAGACCGAGGAGGAGAAUUCAGAAAGGCCCACUUCCAAGGACAAAGACGACAAAGACAUAGACAACAAAAGCAGCUACAGCUUCCAGAACUCUCCGGUCAGUGUCCUCUCCAACCAGGAGGUUGAGCUGGAAUCCCGGCUGAGCGAUGGCAGUGACAGACUGUCUGACUUUAAGACCUCACCACCAGGAAGUCAGAAGGACACCGAGACCCAGAGCUCCAAGCUGAAGGAUGACAUGCACAGUAGCCUGGAGAAAAUGAGGGCUGCCUAUGCCAACUUCCUUUCAGACUCCUACUGGUCAAAGAUUGGACUAGAUUUGAAGGUUGCUAACACUGGCAGCAAAGCAAACUGUGACAGCACCAACGGGAGCACCAAGAGCGAGUUUGACUGGCACCAAGACGCACUUUCAAAAACCCUGCAGCAAACACUGUCCCCGAAACCCGUGUCAAAGCCUAAUCUAUUCAGCUCCGUCCACCUGUACAGGCAAAAUAGCAAAGCGUGCGGUGCGGUCUUCACAGGGGCCAGUCGAUUUCGAUGCAAGGACUGCAGUGCAGCAUAUGACACCCUGGUGGAGUUGACGGUGCACAUGAACAAGAGCGGUCACUAUCAGGAUGACAACCAUAACAGGCAAAACAUCGCCUCCACUUCGUCGUCAAAGAACCGAAAGCGGAACCUUCAAGACAUGGAAGGCAAGGAAGACGCGCAAAAAGUGCUCAAGUGCAUGUUCUGCGGCCACUCGUUCGAUUCUCUGCAAGACCUAAGUGUCCACAUGAUCAAAACGAAGCAUUACCAGAAAGUGCCUUUGAAAGAACCUAUUCCAGUAAUCACUCCCAAAUUAAUCCCACCAGCAAAGAAACGUGCAUUUGAAGCCACAAGGCCUUGUUCGCCCGACUCAACCACGGGAGUUUCAGGUUACACCGAUGCCCAAAGGUCGUCCGGCCUUGCCAAUGCUCCCAACAACCGCUACGGCUAUCAGAACGGUGCAAGUUACACAUGGCAGUUUGAGACGUGCAAAUCUCAGAUCCUGAAGUGCAUGGAGUGCGGAAGCUCCCAUGAUACUCUCCAGCAGCUCACCACUCACAUGAUGGUAACCGGGCACUUCAUUAAAGUGACAAACUCAGCCUCCAAAAAAGGCAAACAGCUAGCCCUCGAUCCUCUAGCAAUAGAGAAAAUGCAGACUCUUACUGAACCCACAGUGAACGAACUUGAAGGAGAAAAGGUUUCUCCAAAGAGCACAGCAUCCGGGGAUUCGGAGAGGGCUACCCCGAGAGAUAUGUCACCAGAUAAAGCUGAGAAAGACGGGGACAAGGAUGAUAAACAAGAUGAAGAGGAACGGAAGUCGACUGACGGCAAUUUUAAGUACCCGUACUUGCGGGAGGAAGACCUUGAGCAGCAGGGGUCCUCCGGAGGGGGGGACAUUCUCAAGUCUUUAGCAAAUACGGUGGCUUCAGCAAUCAAUAAAGCUCAAACAGGGACCCCCAGCUGGAGCGCUUACCCCAGCAUUCAUGCAGCGUACCAGCUAUCAGGGGUGAUCAAGACCGCCUCCUUUUCUCCUUCUCCUCCCAUCCAGCUCAAGCAGAGUCUUAACCAUAAGCACAGACCCAUCGCUCCCAAGGGGAAGUUCUAUCAGGCACUUCGGGGACUUGAAAGUUUCCAGGGACAUCACAAUUCGGACAUCAAAAAGGAAAGGGGUGGUGCAUCUGACGGCAAAGAGAGCCAGAGCAGUAGGUUUGAUCUGGUGGAGAACGAUGACAGUGAUUGUCAAGAUGAUUCCUCCUCCUCUUCAAAGCUGGAUGCAGACUGUGUAAGUGAAGAGAAUGACACAAUCAAAGGGAAGUUGAGCCCGGCUUUCUCUGACAGAGGGAACCCGUCACCUAGCCCCCCUGCCAGCAAUGGGCACAGCACUUCUUCAGAGCUUGUCAACGAUUCCCAGGAAGUCCUUAGCAUAAACCCUCUAAGCGCACUUCAGUCUGUCUUAAACAAUCAUUUGGGUAAAGCAAACAAGCCCAGGCCCGAAAGCAUCCUCUCCCAUCGCACACAAUCCAUCUUUUCAGAACUGAGUAGAGGUUUAGAGAAACCGCUCUCAGCAUCUGCUGCCAUCAGAGCCAGCAACAGCUUCAUGUUCACAAAUGACGACCAGCCAAUAGACUUGACGAAACACAAACACAACAAACCAAACUCUUCCCUCUUAUUGCAGUCCUCCACUCCAAUGCACCAGAAACAUGCACUCUCUGACAUUGCUGACAUGGUUAAGGUUCUUCCAAAAGCCACAACUCCAAAACCUCCGAUGCCAGCCAGAAUGCCGGUCAUGAAGCUGGAGACUGACGUGCGCCGAUUUGAAGAUGUGUCCAGCGAGAUGUACUCAGUCCAUAAGCGUAAAGGUCGACAGUCCAACUGGAACCCGCAACAUCUGCUCAUCCUCCAAGCCCAAUUUGCUUCCAGCCUUUUCCAGACUUCCGAGGGCAAGUAUCUGCUCUCAGACCUAGGCCCUCAGGAGAGGAUGCACAUCUCUAAGUUCACCGGGCUUUCCAUGACCACCAUCAGCCACUGGCUGGCCAACGUCAAGUACCAGCUUAGGAAAACUGGAGGAACCAAGUUUUUGAAGAACAUGGACACUGGCCAUCCGGUCUUCUACUGCAAUGACUGUGCAUCACAGUUCAGAACCCCGUCUGCGUUUAUAUCCCACCUCGAGAACCACCUGGGUUUCCAAAUCAAGGACAUGAACAAACUACCUAUAGAACACCCGACUAAAAUAACAGAGCCCGAACUUUCAAAGGUGCUCACCAUCCGGGCCACGGAUUCACAGAUCACGGAAGAGGAAUCUGACUCAAAGUUCAAAUGCAAGCUCUGCAGUCGGACAUUUGCCAGCAAUCACGCGGUCAAACUUCACUUGAGUAAAACGCACAGUAAAUCCCCUGAGAAUCAUUCACAGUUUGUGGAAAUGGACAAAGAGUAGCUUUGUUGAUUUGUACUACUUGUAGUUAUCUCGUUGGUAAAUAACUGUAAUUGCUCUGCUUUUAUAAAACACGGGUCAAAUUGUCUACUUUUUCUUUUCCUUUUUUUUUUCUUCUCUCCUCCAUGUUUCAAGUAGCAUUACGUAGAAUGGUUCGACUUCAAAAAUCGACAUUUCAUCAUCAUCAACGUCAUAUUGAGGACUAAAUGGACACACUGGCUGGGUUAGAAUGAAGUGUACUGUUAGAAAAAGAAAUAAUCAUAAAAAGAUUAAGAAUACAUUGACGUUAAGUCUUUGCACCCUGUUCAAAUGCACCACCAGUAAUGAAAUGUAUUACUGCUUGAGACAUAAAUGCUGAUGUUUGCAUGCAAUAGCUCUGGCUAUGACUACUAUUUAUUUGUAUGAUAUGGCAAGUUUUAACUGUAUUACGUUUAACAACAAAUUGAUCAAUGCAUUAACUGUAAUUUGCAGAUCUGAUCAUGCACUUGUGAGAACACACAGGUGCUCAGACAGCUAGCCAGACACACAUUAAAAACAUUUACUGAAAUGUACAGUAUAUUUGCUCUGUAAAAUGUUUGUGUCGCAACGAUAGAACAGAAAAGCACUUUAAUAAAAGUUUAAUCACGUUUAGGCGCAGAUUCAGUGUGUGGGCUUACAGAUUUGGACAGGUUUGACACGCGGAAGUCUCACAUUAAUGUAUAUUUAGCAUUGCAGAAGAAAAAAAGUGUCUCACUGGAAAAAUGCUGAGUGAGACAAAAGAACACUGCACCUUUUAUACCAAUACAAAUAAAACAUUAACAUUUUCUAACUGUCUACAAGUCGUCACUUCACAUCUAUUGGUAUUU